GGGAUGAAUUAUGUGAAACUUGAAAGAGAAAGGCAGCAAGUAUGGCUGAACAAUCGUCAACAAAAAUUGAAGACGUUGUCGACCUUCGCACGAAGUUAAACGGCAUUUUCAAACGGAAACACAAAUCUCUGGACGAAGACAGAAAGAUAAAGAGGGAGCGCAAAGAAGCCAGACGCAAUUCCUUUGAAUCGUACGACGAAAAUGGCGAUGCAACGGAAUUGCAAAAAAUUCACGAAGGCAUCACUCAGCGCGUCUUAUUCGACGACGAAGCCUGCCUGAAAAUCGAAAAAAUGAUCGACGAGGUGGUCGAGAACGGAGAAAAAGGACACUAUCGCGAAAAAACUGUCGACAGGGCCCCUUUAAGGAAUAAAUACUUCUUUGGAGAGGGCUAUACUUAUGGAAAACAAAUGGCGGAGAAAGGUCCUGGACAAGAAAAGCUCUAUGCCCGGGGUGUUGUGGAUGAUAUCCCGCAAUGGAUUUUCGAUAUGGUUGAGAAAAAGGUUGUGGAAGCUGGAAUUGUUCCAAAGAACUUUAUAAAUAGUGCGGUUAUCAAUGAUUAUCAAGCAGGAGGGUGCAUUGUAUCACAUAUCGACCCGGGGCACAUAUUUGACAGGCCGAUUGUAUCUGCUUCCUUCUUCAGUGCUUCGUCUCUGUGUUUUGGCUGUAAGUUUACUUUCAAGCCGAUACGCACAUCGCCACCGGUGCUGUCCUUACCCAUAUCCCGCGGAUGUGUGACCGUCCUGAGUGGUUAUGCAGCAGAUGGGAUAACACACUGUGUUCGACCACAAGAUGUCACAGAAAGACGAGCUGUGAUAAUCUUGAGAAGGGUAUAUGACGAUGCUCCACGCCUGCCUCUCAAGUACAAGCCUGAAUGGAACAACCAUGAAAGAAGCUUAAAAAACAGAGAGAGGAGCCCUAGAAAGAAAAGAAACAGAGAGCCAAGCCCAGGAUCCGACAGCGAGGAUGAGCCAUGGUACAUGAAAAAUCGAAUGAGAUCUGACCAUUACAAAGAAAACAGAAAGCAGCGCAACUCCGCUCGGGACUCCGAAUAAUGCUGAAAUUCAUCACCCUUUCAAUGGUGACUUUGGUGGCAUACCCAUCCUCCUACUAUAAGAAUUUUUAAAAAAGUUUUGUUGUGAAGCUCUGUCCUAAUAUAUAAUGUAAAAUGGACUCAAUAUUACGUUUUGUUGAUCUCAUAUAGUGUCCAAACAGACUGGUUCAACCUCAAAUAUAUGUUAUUCAAAUUGGGUGUAAUUUCAGAUAUAUGGACUGGGUUAAAACAGUUAUGUCCCAAACUCUAUAAACCUGCUUAACAUUGCAAUUAUAUGUAAAUUAUUGAAUCUGGAUAUAGACAGAUUCAUAUUUC